AUGCGUGUGCUGGAUCGGUCUCUUCUCCUCGUUGGAAUGGCUAUGUUGUUCCAUGCUGCCUAUCGGAUGAACGCCCAAGUGGAGCAUACAGCGGUAGCGGAGCUGAAUACGGAGAUGCCUGCAUCGGAGGUUGAAGAGGAUACUAUGGGAACAGCAUUCAUAGUUGCAGUGGUUCUAGAGAGCGUCAUAGGAGCAUGUAUCGCGUUCAUGGCGGUGAUAGGGGAUUUCAAGCCCAUCAGAUUGGCUGACCAGAAGAUUCACAUGUGA